CUGCUUGUCCUCUGACAGCGAGCCUUAGGGCGGAGGGAAGCGGGUCGGUAGGUCCCUCAAGCACGAGGCUCCCGCGGCCAGGCCAGCACGGAGCCGUUGCCAUGGCAGCCGCCGCCGGGGGCGCGGACGAAGAGUCGCGCUCUGGCCGCUCGAGCUCGGAUGGCGAGUGCGCGGUGGCGCCAGAGCCGCUGACGGGCCCCGAGGGCCUCUUCUCCUUCGCCGACUUCGGGUCUGCGCUGGGCGGCGGCGUGGGGCUCCCGGGCCGGGCGGCCGGCGGGGCCCAGUCCCCGCUACGCUACCUUCACGUCCUGUGGCAGCAGGAGGCGGAGCCCCGCGAUGAGCUGCUCUGUAAGAUCCCCUCCGGACGGCUGAGGCGCGCCGCCAGGCCCCACCGCCGGCUCGGGCCCACGGGCAAGGAGGUGCACGCUCUGAAGAGGCUGAGGGACUCAGCCAAUGCCAACGAUGUGGAGACAGUGCAGCAGCUGCUGGAAGAUGGCGCGGAUCCCUGUGCAGCUGACGACAAGGGCCGCACAGCCCUACACUUUGCCUCCUGCAACGGCAAUGACCAGAUUGUGCAGCUGCUUCUGGACCAUGGAGCCGACCCCAAUCAGCGAGAUGGGCUGGGGAACACACCACUGCACCUGGCGGCCUGCACCAACCACGUCCCUGUCAUCACCACACUGCUGCGAGGAGGGGCCCGGGUAGAUGCCCUGGACCGAGCGGGCCGCACGCCCCUGCACCUGGCCAAGUCGAAGCUCAACAUCCUGCAGGAAGGCCACUCCCAGUGCCUGGAGGCCGUGCGGCUGGAGGUAAAGCAGAUCAUCCAGAUGCUGAGGGAGUACCUGGAGCGCCUGGGGCGGCACGAGCAGCGGGAGCGGCUGGAUGACCUCUGCACCCGCCUCCAGAUGACAAGCACCAAAGAGCAGGUGGAUGAAGUGACCGACCUGCUGGCCAGCUUCACCUCCCUCAGCUUGCAGAUGCAGAACACGGAGAAGAGGUAGCAGAGAGGCUCCCUGCCGCCCCGCUCCGCCGCUCUCGCCCGCCCCACUGCCCUCUCAUUACAAAGGAAAAGCCCAGUGCCUGGGACU